CAAAAUCAAAAGUUAACAGAAAACAAACUGAAACUAAGAAAGAUGGAUGGCAAGAGAAAUGGUUACCUACCAUUCCAUGCAAAAAUGUUAUCUUCACCAUUAUAGCCCAAAUAGUUCCAUCAACACCAACACCAACAUUUACAGCUGAGUCAACAGCUAAAGCUGGAGUCGAUCCUGAAAAAUUUGGUAAAUAUGCUAAAUUUCCAGAACUUACUCAAGCUUCUAAUGAAAUUCAGAAGAAGCAACUCGAUCUUGCAGACAUGAUUAUGAUGUUGAACAUGAGACCCUCUGAAGUUACUACUUUUUCUUACAUGAAAGAACUUUUAACAAACAAAUUUGCUGAUAUUUAUCCAGGUGCCAGUGAAAAAUUUCAUGCAUCAGAAAGUUGGUUCUAUGGCUUCCUUAGAAGGUAUAAUUUUGCAAUGAGAUGUAAAACAAAGAUUGGUCAGAAGCUUCCUCCUCAUCUUGACAUCAAAAUUCUCGAAUUCCAACAAUUUAUUAUUAAAAAACAAAAACAAUUUGAACAUGAACUUUCAGAAAUUGGAAAUAUGAUGAAUGGUGCAAAACUGCCACCAAUUGUUAUUUUCAAAGCUUUAUUUGUUAUGGAUAGCUUUGAAGGUCACAAGACAGAUUCUAUCAAAAAAAUUGCACAAAAUGAAAACACUGAUUUAGCAAUCAUUCCAGGUGGUCUUACCUCUGUUGUCCAACCACUUGAUGUUUGUAUUAACAAACCAUUUAAAGAUAGACUAUGUGAAAAGUGGAAUACUUGGAUGAGUUCAGUAAUUGUUAAACUUUUUAGUGGAAUGAAACCACUUUGUUUAUUCUUUCCUGCUGUAGCAAAAACCACGAUAUUCGAUUUAAAACAAAUAAUAUUUGGACGCUUAUUGGUCGAACCUAAAAACCAAAAACUCAUCACAAUAUCUGGAAUAUGUUUAAAUGACUCGACCAGAAUAUUUGAGAAUGACGACGUCGAGUUUACAACCUUGACGCUUAAACUACCAUUAUAUGGCGGCAAAGGUGGAUUCAAUACGAUGUUAAGAGCUCAAGGUGAACAAACGGCCAGUCAAAAAACAACAAAUUUUGAAGCUUGUCGUGGCCUGAACGGCGGAAGGCUAAGAACUGUCAAUGAAGCAAAAAGGCAAUUUAUUAAUGUCGAUAUUAAUUAA